AGAAUUGGUUAGUGCAACAUGUACAAUAACAACAAGUCACCUCCUAAUGGUUACCAUCGAAAUAAUCCUGGUGCUAAUGGCCUCAUCAGCCUCUCCGUUAUGAAUAUUUUCCUCUGGCUACUGUGCACCACAUUUUCAGCUAUGAUUUUGAUUCGAUUCAAUUCACCCAAUUCGCUGAUUCGGUUCGCUUCACUCGAUCUCAUCAGUCCAGGCGUUUGGGGUUCCCUAUUUUAUGGCCUCGGUGGCCUCCUGGGCAUUUGUGCCGCUUAUGAAAGAAGUCAGCCAUUGUUAGUGGCCACUUUAGUACUUGCCAUGUUGUCCAUUUUUAGUUCAUUGGGAAUUGCGGCCGUCAGUGGAGCCAUGGCCAUUUCACCUCGAUUCAGAUCUUAUUACAAUUCCACUUGGCUCGGGCUGGAAUGGACUCUACUCAUUUUGAGCAUUUUAGGAUUUAUAGUCAAUUUUUCCGUCUUUGUUUCCGUUGCUGUCCUCAUUUGUCGGCCCUGUUGUUGUCCAAACAACCGGAGAAAUAACUGUCAAUCACAAACUCGGCUUCUUCCUGCUCCACCUCCUCCAGUAAAUUGUAACAACAACAAUAACUUACCAAACAACAAUUACAUGGGUGCAGAUAUGGCCAACAUGCCACCACCUCCUCCAGGAUUCAUCAUCAACCCACCGGUGGUGGCUGCUGCUGUCCCACAACAGCAGCAACAAAUGAGCCAUCAGCAACAAAUAAAUUACAGCAAUACAUCAACUCCACUGCCUCGUGUUCUUGUUACUUCCGACACUAAUUUCUGAGCUGCCCUGCAAUGGAAAUUGAGGUCAUCAUUCCAGUGUUCCACAAGUCAAGUUUUUAAAAUAUGGUUCAUCCUAGUCAUUUCAAGAUCUCGUUAUCAAAACCCCCCACAGGAUAAUUACAGCAAUUUAACAAAUCCUA